CCGCUUUCGGUCUCCUGAAGUUCUCCGGCCUGUGAGACUGCUCCCUGUCGAGAUGCCGAAAGUCAAGUCGGGGGCGAUUGGUCGGCGCCGCCGCGAGCGGCAGGAACAGCGCCGGGAGCUGAAGAGCGCUGGAGGACUUAUGUUCAACACGGGGAUUGGGCAGCAUAUUUUGAAAAAUCCUCUCAUUGUUAACAGCAUUAUCGAUAAGGCAGCCUUAAGACCAACAGAUGUAGUCCUGGAAGUUGGACCUGGAACUGGCAAUAUGACUGUAAAGUUGCUAGAAAAGGCAAAAAAGGUAGUUGCCUGUGAACUUGACCCAAGGCUAAUAGCUGAACUUCACAAAAGAGUUCAGGGCACAUCUUUGGCCAGCAAACUUCAAGUAAUGGUGGGUGAUGUGUUGAAAACAGAUUUACCAUUCUUUGAUACUUGUGUGGCAAAUUUGCCUUAUCAGAUCUCUUCUCCUUUCAUCUUCAAGCUGUUGCUGCACCGGCCUUUUUUCAGAUGUGCUAUACUUAUGUUUCAAAGAGAAUUUGCUCUCCGACUGGUUGCAAAACCUGGAGAUAAAUUAUACUGCAGACUCUCUAUUAAUACACAGCUGUUAGCACGUGUAGACCAUCUAAUGAAAGUUGGAAAGAAUAACUUCAGACCACCACCCAAGGUAGAAUCCAGUGUUGUAAGAAUAGAACCUAAGAAUCCGCCACCACCUAUCAAUUUUCAGGAAUGGGAUGGCCUAGUAAGAAUCACCUUUGUUAGAAAAAACAAGACAUUGUCUGCUGCAUUUAAGUCAAGUGCUGUGCAACAGCUGCUGGAAAAAAACUACAGAAUUCACUGUUCAAUACAUAAUACUAUAAUACCAGAAGAUUUCAGCAUAGCAGAUAAAAUACAGCAAAUCCUAACCAACACAGGUUUUAGUGACAAACGGGCCCGUUCCAUGGACAUAGAUGACUUCAUUAGAUUGCUACAUGGAUUCAAUGCAGAAGGUAUCCAUUUUUCUUAG